AUGGUCCUUAUUAAAGUGCCUCAGACUUACUCCAUAUUAUCUCCUACCAACAUCAUCUCCUCCACAAUGAGGAAAAGGAAGACAACAGAGUCAUCUCAUUCAUCCACAGAUCUGAGUGAAGGGAAGGAAAAAUUAAGACUGAAGCAAGAGGUCGGCCUGAUCAGUGGCGUGUCAUUAAUUGCAGGCACUAUGAUAGGCUCGGGGAUCUUUAUGUCCCCUGAGUGGGUGCUACAUCAUAUGGGGAGCCCUGCCAGCAGCCUGCUUAUCUGGGCAGCAUGUGGUCUCCUGGCCAUGUUUGGAGCCUUGUCAUACGCUGAGCUUGGAACCAUAAUUAAAGAAUCUGGAGGAGAAUAUAUUUACAUCUUGAGGAUUUUUGGUUCUUUUCCUGCUUUCCUUUUCUCCUACACUUCUGUUAUCCUGGUGAGACCAGCUGGUUUGGCAGCUGUCUGUCUGAGCUUUGCUGAAUAUGCUGUUGCACCGUUCUACCCAGGAUGCUCAUCUCCGCAGGUUGUCGUCAAAUGUACAGCUGCUGCCUGCAUCCUGCUUUUAGCUAUCAUCAACUGCCUCAACGUGAGGCUGGCGACAUCAGUUAUGAACAUUUUUACAGCUGCCAAACUCCUGGCUCUGUUGGUGAUCGUGGUGGGUGGAUUGGUGCUGCUUGCCAAGGGACAAACUCAGAGUUUUCAAAAUGCUUUUCAAAACACGACUGCAGGCAUUGGGGCAGUUGGAGUGGCGUUUUACCAGGGACUCUGGUCCUACGAUGGGUGGAACAACCUGAACUACGUAACUGAGGAGCUGAAGAAGCCUGAGGUGACCCUUCCCAGAGCGGUGAUGAUUGCCAUUCCUUUGGUUACAUGCCUGUACUUGCUGGUGAACGUGAGCUACUUAGCAGCCAUGACUCCGUCUGAACUGCUGUCCUCAGGAGCUGUGGCUGUCACCUGGGGGUGA